GUCAGUCGCCUGUUCCGCCAGCUGGCCAAGCAUCACUUCUGCCACGAACCUCACCACCGCGCCCGUGUCGUCGCCAGCAGCAGCAGUACACAAUGUCGACGCCAGAGUACCAAACCGAUGAAGAGGGAUCGCGAGAGCAAUUGGCAGCAGAGGACCGACCACUUCCCCAGCGACAGGGCAGAAGAGUACAAGAGAUAUCCGACUGUGACCGCAGAUGGCCUGCGCGGGCGACGAGAACGACCUCGGAAGGUGAAGAUGUUGAUGCGGGACUUUGUCGAGGACAGCUUGUACAACCCGCAGUACGGCUACUUCAGCAAGAAUGUCACCAUCUUCUCGCCGGGAGCGCCGUUUGAUUUCCCCAAUUUAAAAGACGAACCCGAGUUUUAUCACUUGCUGGGCGAGCGAUAUACGCAAUUUGAGGACAAGCUGGAUGAGAAGGGACACAACGAAGCGCGACAGCUCUGGCACACGCCGACAGAGCUCUUUCGGCCAUACUAUGGAGAGGCGAUUGCGCGAUAUAUGGUGGCCAACUACAAAUUGACGCUCUACCCGUACCACGAUUUGGUCAUAUAUGAAAUGGGAGCAGGCAACGGCACGCUCAUGCUGAAUAUCCUCGACUACAUCCGACAUACGGACCCCGAGGUCUACGCGCGAACCAAGUUCAGAAUCAUCGAAGUGUCUACUGCACUCGCACACUUGCAGGGACAGAAACUGAAGUCUUCGGCUUCGGCACGGGGGCACGAGGACAAAGUGGAAAUCAUCAACAAAUCCAUGUUUGACUGGAACGUGUACGUGCCCACACCCUGCUUCUUCCUCGCCAUGGAAGUCUUCGACAAUUUCGCCCACGACGUUAUUCGAUACGAUCCCUUCACGGAAGAAGUCAUGCAAGGAUCCGUCCUCAUCGACAGCGAAGGCGAAUUCUACGAAUUCUACAGCCGCACACUCGAUCCCGUCGCAGCUCGUUUCUUGCGCGUCCGAGAGGCCGCCUGUCAGAAUCGUCCCUACGCGCAUCCUCUCAGCGGGUCAAAAACUCUCCGGAAUUUGAAGCAUCGCAUGCCCUUCACGCCGAAUCUGACGGCGCCGGAAUACAUCCCGACACGCCUGAUGCAAUUCUUUCAAAUUCUAGCAGAUAAAUUCCCCGCGCACAGACUCAUCACCUCCGACUUCCACAGUCUGCCCCAAGCAACCGUGGGCUACAACGCACCCGUCGUACAAACGCGAUAUCAGCGCCGAACCGUUCUCGUGCGAACACCAUUAGUCCAGCAAGGAUAUUUCGACAUUCUCUUCCCCACCGAUUUCGGAGUCAUGGAAGAUAUCUAUCGCGCGACCACGGGAAAACUGACCAAAGUGAUGACGCAUGAGGAUUUUUUUCAACGAUGGGCUUAUGUGGAGGAUACUCAGAUGCGAAGUGGGGAGAAUGCUUUGUUGAGUUGGUAUAAGAAUGCGAGUGUCAUGGUUACUGUAUAAGAUACAUACAGUACAUAUAGUCAGUACUUUAGGUACAUUACAAUGUCUGUUGUUGAACAGAAGCUCAGGUACCUACUUACC